CCAGUCUCUUCAAAUCAUUCAUUUCAUGCAAUACGAAAUUUUUUUAUUUGUUCACGUUUAAAAAAUACAAUAAAAAUAAACAACAGGAAAAUUUAAGUCAAUCUGUUUUGUGAUAUUUUGUGCAAUUUCUACUUAGUUCAGAGCCGUGUUGUUUUUUAAUUUUCUUCGCUGUUAUUUAUUGCUGGAAAAUGUGUUUAUUUUCUCAAUUUAUUUUUGAAAUGUGAAGUGGAUUUAGAUGUGUUUUAGUCGAAAUAAUUCCCAUGUUCACAUGAAGUGAAAGAAAAACCUACACCAACAACCAAUUUCUUUCGUUUCGGUUUUUCGUACUCUCGUGUAAAUUGUUUGGCCAAACAAUAUUACAUUUCGCGAAUAAACAAGAAUUUUGUGAUCCUUUUCCUAAAUCGGUUUUCAUGUCAAUUGUUAGUAUAAUAGAGAAAAAUGGAAAAAAUCGAAUUGAAAAUUCAUAAACCGAAACCGACUCGAAUGGCCAGCAUCGAAGAGACGAUACAGUUGGCAAGAAUACAGCAAGUGGCAAGCACAUCGGCAUUGUAUGAAAGAAAUCAUAAUCAGAAAGCUCUCAAAGUCAUAACAGUCGCUGCCUAUAUUUUAUUUGUUUCUAUGGCAGCUAUAACUCUGUCGUUCUACUAUGUAUUUAUAUGGGACCCAACAACCAAAACAGUGCCAUCAAGAUCAUCCAGUAAUUGCGACAACAAAAUUGUGAUUCCCGAAAGUAUGGCCGUUCGUUUGGCCAAUUCCACCGAAGUGACGGCCGAAAAUUUCUUCAAAAAUUUCCUAAAAUUGUACCAAACACAAAAACUCGACGAUCCCAUGAUUGAAAUUAAAGAAAUGAAAACCAAACCGAAAUCGGCUAAGCAUGUCCUGAUCAAUGCACUGAAUCCACGGCUAACGAAGGCAACUUACCAACUUCCAACCACAGUGUCCACUUCCGCGGAAUCAAUGGAUGCCGGCUACAGUACACCGGCCGCAUCGACUACCAUUGACUUUCUGCCGAAUCAAGACGAUGAUGAUGACGAUGACGACGACGACGACACUGAAACCGAUUCAGAACCGGACUAUGAAUCGAGUGGACAGAAAAAUUGGAACGAUACGACCAUUUUAUUGGAUGAAGAUAGGAACAGUGUUUGAAGUGGAUUGUAGGGUAGAGUCGGUAGAGUGUAGAAAAAGGGUAUCGAUAAAGAUAAUUUAGAAACAGAAACAAAAAAAUGGAAUUUCUAAGUCCAAAUUAUAAUGGGAACAUAGCAAAAACGAAUUAAAAACUUUUUAGAAUAUUGAGGUCAGUUGCUUCGAUAUAGAGAGUAAUGUACCAACACUGCUAUACAUACUUAUUCAAAACACACACACAACACACACACAAAUAGCGAAAUUUUCGAUUAAAUUUUUGAAUUCUAUCAAUGGAAACGUUAAGAGGGAUUACUGCUAAUAGCUGGCAGCUAUUUCUAUGACUUCAUUCAAGUCACCGAGAAUAUGGCAGUUAUUAUGAUAAUAGCUUGUAACUGACCUGCUCCACAUAUUGAUUUCUUUUCGUUUUUGUAAAGAUUCAAUUACGUAAUCCAUCACACAGCGUAAUGCGAUUAGGUUUUAUGUUUUUAAUUUAAUACUUGGAAUAACGAUGCCUUAACGAAAGAAGAAGAAGAAAAAAAAACAUUUUAGACAACCAAAAUUUUGCAGAUUUAUAAAAAGGGAAUGCAGAGAAACAUGCAGUCAGAGAUGGAGGAGAAGAGAAGGAAUCUAUGGAACAAAAUUUUACGGAUCUGUGCGUGUGCAUUAUAGAACUGUAUACUAUAUAAUGCAGUGUGCACCUUUCAACUAUGGUAUAGAAAAAUUGAAAUUAAUUGUCAGUCUCUAGUCUUGUUUUCGUUUAAAAAAUAUAUUUAUGAAUAUUUACGUAAGAGGGAUUAUAUGUUGAUCUAUAUAAAAAUAUUAUUGAAGUUAAAUUGAGAUUAAAAACUAUCAAAUUACACAAAUUGGUACAUAC